AUGGCUCCAAAGCGCAAGCCCCCGGUGCAACAUGCGGGUCCUGAAAAAAAGAAGGGGCGUCAGGGGGCAGAGGAGGAGGACAGCUUCCGCUCCACUGCCAAGGCUCUCAGAGCUGCACCCACAGAGAAGCACAUAGUCCGAGUGGAUCCAGCAUGCCCACUCAGCCACAGUCCCAGGACUCAGGUGCAUGAAGACUACGCCUGCACCCUGAACCAGACCAACAUCGGGAGCAACAACAACAAAUUCUACAUCAUCCAGCUGCUGGAAGAUGGUGACCGCUUCGCCUGCUGGAACCGCUGGGGUCGUGUGGGAGAAGUGGGCCAGUCAAAGCUCAGCUAUUUCGUGUUACUGGAGGAUGCAAAAAAGGACUUUGAGAAGAAGUUUCGGGACAAGACCAAGAACAGCUGGGUGGAUCGGGACCAUUUUGUGGCCCACCCGGGCAAGUACAUGCUUAUUGAAGUACGGGGAGAGGACGAGGCCCAGGAAGCCAUGGUGAAGAUGGUUGGAGGCCCAGUAAGGACCAUGGUUCAGCAGGUGCGGCCCUGCUCCCUGGACGCAGCUACACAGAAGCUCAUCACCAACAUCUUCAGCAAAGACAUGUUCAAGAAUGCCAUGACCCUCAUGAACCUGGAUGUGAAGAAGAUGCCCCUAGGGAAGUUGAGCAAGCAGCAAAUUGCACAGGGCUUCGAGGCUCUGGAGGCACUGGAGGCGGCCCUCAAAGACCCUACGGAUGGUGGCCUCAGCCUGGAGAAGCUAUCCUCCCACUUCUACACUGUCAUUCCCCACAACUUUGGCCGCAAUCGGCCCCCAUCUAUCAACUCCCUUGAGCUUCUGCAGGCCAAAAAGGACAUGCUGCUGGUGCUGGCAGACAUCGAGCUGGCUCAGACCCUGCAGGCAGCCCCUGAAGAGGAGAAGGUGAAGGAGGUGCCACACCCACUGGACCGAGACUACCAGCUCCUUAAGUGCCAGCUCCAGCUGCUCGACUCCGAGGCACCCGAGUACAAGGUAAUAUAUACCUACUUAGAACAGACUGGCAACACCUACAGGUGCCCUGUUCUUCAACAUGUUUGGAAAGUAAACCGAGAAGGGGAGGGAGAUAGGUUCCAGGCCCACGCCAAGCUGGGUAAUCGGAGGCUGCUGUGGCAUGGCACCAAUGUGGCUGUGGUGGCCGCCAUCCUCACCAGUGGGCUUCGCAUCAUGCCACAUUCUGGUGGCCGCGUUGGCAAGGGCAUCUACUUCGCCUCAGAGAAUAGCAAGGCAGCGGGCUAUGUUACUGGCAUGUCCUGCGGAGCCCACCAAAUUGGCUACAUGUUCCUGGGUGAGGUGGCACUGGGCAGAGAGUACCACAUCACCAUCGACGAGCCCAGCUUGAAGCAGCCACCCCCUGGCUUCGACAGUGUCAUUGCCCGAGGCCACACAGAGCCUGAUCCAGCCAAGGACACCGAGCUGGAGCUGGAUGGACAGCGAGUGGCAGUGCCCCAGGGCCAGCCCGUGCCCUGCACAGAGUUCAGCAGCUCCACCUUCUCCCAGAGCGAAUAUCUCAUCUACCAAGAGAGCCAGUGUCGCCUGCGCUACCUGCUAGAGGUUCAUCUCUGA